AUUCCACCAACAAUAGUAAAUGGAAGCGGUUGAGCCUCUGGUGGAGCUGACGGCAUAUGGAAUUCAUUGCAACUAGAGGAGAAAGUUCGAAAAAAAGAGUGCACUUAUGUCCAGUCUGUGUGUCUACAGCAUGGCUGGCCAACAUCUUUACCACCGCUGAUCCCCUCUAAGCCCCUAAAGCACAGCGCUCACACACACACACACACACACACACACACACACACACACACACACACACACACACACCACUGUCUCUGUCCUAUCCUCUCCGAGACACCCACCCACCCAGUCCUCACACACACACACACACACACACACAGACACACUCCGCCUAACCUCAGUUCACCCCGACUUCAAUCCCAGAUACCCCCGUGAGCCCAGAAAGGUGGAGAUGAGGGUCCCGGGCCAGGCCGGGGUGACCCGUGGCGGAUGGCUGGACCCGAGUGGGCAGACAGGGGUGAAGCGGGUGGAGAUGGCUAGGGGCCGCGCCGGCUACGGCUUCACGCUGGUGGGCCAGCGGCCGUGCCUGCUGAGCGGUAUCGUGCGCGGAAGCCCCGCAGAGGUGAUUGGACUUCGGCCGGGCGACCGCGUGCUGAGCGUCAACGGCACGGACGUCAGUGACGCGCCGCAUGAGGCCGUGGUCAAGCUGAUCGGCUCGUCCGCCGGAAACCUCAGACUCGUUGUGGACGGCGGAGAAGAAGGAGGAGGUGGAUGUUGGGAGGGAGUGGGGGCGAUGCCCCUGCCGGCUCCCUUACUGGCAGACUCCUGCUCCAGUGACGAGGAGCUGGUUGUCCAGAGCACUGACCGGCGGGGGUUGUGGCUAAAGCCGAACAACGCCAGUGAGAUCGCCAGGGUGCCCAGUCACCAGCCUUGGCACCCUUUCAUAGCACCAAAGAACAACUUGACCAAAGAGAGGCCAGUGUCGGAGCCCGACUUGUCUUAUUUCGCCCGCUGGGGAUUGGUGAAAAGCAACCCAGACUUGCUGUCCGAUUACGAGACGGCCAAACUCACCAGCAGCGACUCUGUGUUAGCCGAGUCGAUUCAGAGCCUGGACAAUCUCUCGCUGGACAGCAACACCCUGAACGUGGCGAUGGUGGUGGGAUACAUCAACUCCUCCCCACUGGACAUGGCCGCCUCGUCCGCGCCGAGGGGCGAGGUCGUGGACGAGGAAGAGGGGCGACUCCGCUGCGUGCACCGCUGCAUCACGCACAUCAGCGUCGAGCAGAGCACGCACUCCGUGGUGAUGAUGCACAUCUUGUGCGACGGCGUGCAGCUGUGCGACGACGCCGGCGCCACUCUGGUGUCCUACCCGGCCGACAGGCUGGUGCUCGGCACCGUGUGUCCGGAGGACCCGCGGUUCUUCGGGCUCGUCACCAUCGACAGCGCAGACGGGCCGACGGUGGCGCCGCAGACGCUCUGCCAUGUGUUCUUCGUCGACCCGGAGCUGUACCGGCACGAGGCUCACGACAGCAUCCGGGCCCACUUUGGGUUCCAGUGCACCGCCGACCCGGACUCAGACGCGUCCGGCUGCCUUGAGUUCCCCCAGGACCCGACCGCCGUCCUGCAGUUUGUGUCGGUGCUAUACCACGACAUGGGCGAUUUCGUGGAGCGCCUGCGCGCCCGCGCAGAGCGGGACAGCGAAGACGACCAGCCUAUUAGCACGCGCCACAGCGGGAGCGGCGAUAGCGGGAUAGGCAACGUAUCUCCGGAAGAGACCAGAGGCGGCCACAACGCCCUCCUGUCAGAGCGCUGGAGCCGCUCCAUGGGCCACAUCCCGGAACACGUUCCGGAACACAUCUGGGGCGACCUCCGACCCCUCACCCCGAGACACAAGCUGAACCAGAACAACAAGGCAUUCCCGGGUCGAGCCCGGCGGUGUCUCCUCACUGACCCGCUCCCAGGGCCUUCCGCCGCCUUGCCGGACCCAGUCCGGGUGCCUCCUGUCGGCCACGACAAGACCUCGCCCAGGCCCCCGCCUCCUCCAUACCCACAGGACAAAGUGAAAGCCUGCAGUGCCACUGGCUUUAUCACCCCAGCCGUGCCCAGCCGAAGGGCCAGCCAGCGAUGGCCCAGAGUGUCGAUCCGGACGCGCUGGCAGCGCUCUCGUCCUGGCGACGGAGCCGAGUCUGCCGCCACCACCGCUCGUCCUCCGGCGUCCAAAAGCCUGACCCUGCCCGCGACCGUGAGUCAAAUCCCUGUGAACAGAUUCGGCGACCCAAACCCAGAUGGACUUCCGCCCCGGGCUGUCAGCUUGUACAACGAGCCUGUCAAAAAGCUCUUCGGCUGGAACCAGCACAAUGGGCACAGGGACAAAGAGGACAGAGAAAAGGGCUCCAGAUUCUGGGGUAUCAGUAGGGGGCGCUCUUCCAUGCGCCGCCCACCCACCCAGACCAAGCGCUUGAGUCUGGCGCGGUCGCUAGAUGACCUGGAGUCGGCCGCUGCCUCCGACAGUGAGCUGCGCUGUGCAGACCUUCAGGCCUGUGGCAGUGAGAGUAGCCUGAACAGCAACGGCAGCCUGCCUGGUCCGCAGUGCCACCGCCGCCUGGCCGAACGGCGCGUAGCAUCGUGGGCCAUCAGUUUCGAGCGCCUGCUCCAGGAUCCCAUGGGUGUCCGCUACUUCUCUGAGUUUCUGAAGAAGGAGUUCAGCGAGGAGAACCUUCUUUUUUGGCAGGCCUGUGAGUUCUUCAGCCAGGUGCCAGAGAAUGACAAAAAACAGCUGUCCCAGAAGGCCCAGGAGAUCUACAACAGCUUCCUGUCCAGCCAGGCGAGCACGCCGGUCAACAUCGACAGCCAGGCGCAGCUCGCCGACAACGUCCUCAACGCACCGCAGCCGGACAUGUUCAAGGAGCCACAGCUGCAGGUGGGGAAGACAUAGUGAAUCACAGGAACACGCAUGCACUCACACACACGCUUCCUCAAGUCCACGCUCUACCAGGAGUGCAUGCUGGCCGAGGUGGAGGGGCGACCCCUGCCUGACCCGUACCAGGUACCCUGCAGCCCCGCCCCCUCCAAGCACAGCUCCGACCGCUCCACCCACCCCACGCCCAGAAAAGACUACAAGAAGACCGGCCGGUCUCACACGGAUCUCCGAGACGAACACUCGGACAGGAAGAAAGGGAACUUCUUCUCCUGGACGGCCCGCAACCGUAGCUUCGGGAAAGGGCCCAAGAAACGGGACCUCGGAGAAUACAACUAUGGUAAUGGUCGACGUGAGUCUCAGGGCUCUCUGUCCUCUAGUACCAGUCAGGAGAUGCAAUCUUCCUCCCCGGGGAGCAAAAGUGAGUCCGAGUACCGUAACUCGGUGGCGGUGUGGGAUCGGCGUGACGAUCGCGAGCGGUGGCCGCGGCAGUGCAGCGUGUCCCUGCCGGACGGCUCGUGCUGCUGUCUGCUGCUCCAGCCGGGCGUCCCUGUCCGACAGCUGCUCCUGGAGCUCUGCCAGAGACAACAGCUCAACCUCGCCGCCGUCGACCUCUUCCUCAUCGGCGGGGAGAAGCCACUGGUGCUGGACCAGGAUAGCAUCACGCUCUGCUCUCGAGACCUGCGGCUGGAGAAACGCACUUUAUUCAGGUUGGAUCUGAUCCCCAUCAAUCGCUCGGUGGGACUGAAAGCCAAACCCACUAAGCCGGUCAGCGAGGUGCUCCGUCCCGUUGUGGCCAAGUACGGCCUCCGCCUCGGAGACCUGGUGGCUCGAGUCAGUGGGGAAACAGAAAUUCUGGAUCUGGGUGUGUCCAUCUCCAACCUUGAUGGAUUACGAGUGGUGCUGGAGAAAGCGGAUUCGUCAGGAAAAGAUAAACCACCCAAGACGCCCAAGGGUCACGCACCCCUCCUGAACAACAGGACCAUGUCCACUCCGGGUGACGACAGGUCGUCAGGGAAACAGCUCCGGAAUGAGGAAAAGAACAACAACAGAGAGCCGUUUACUCCUGACGCCAGCGGCAGGAAAGCCAAGAAGACACAGAUAGAGGAAGCUGAAGAGUUCUUUGAGCUGUUGAGUAAGGCCCAGAGCAGUCGGGCAGAAGACCAGCGAGGUCUGCUGCGGAAGGAGGACCUGGUGCUGCCCGACUUCCUGCGUCUGGACUGCUCCCCGUCCUCCUCCUCCUCCUCCUCGUCAGUGCCCGCGCCUCCCGCUUCGUCCACCCCGUCGUCCAACAAACACGGCCACCCCAACGGGCUCGGCGGCAGCACCACUCAGCGCCAACACCAACACCAGCAGCACUCGCAGAACCCGGAACAUGGUGGAACCAACGGGGGAGUGUCGGUUCCGAGAGCCGGCGCUCCAGGAGACGCGGGGAACGGAGGAGGCGCUGCCGACCGGGAUCGAGAUCAGCCGCCGUUCCGGGCGCCCCUCUCGCCGAUCCUGAGCAGGGGGUCGGGCGGCAGCGGUCGCGCGCUGGAGGAGGAGGACGCAGUCGCCGACCUGACGUUGGUCGGCGAGGGCGACAUCAGCAGCCCCAACAGCACCCUGCUGCCCCCUCCUCCUCUGUCCGCGACGCUCUCCUCCUGCUUCCAGGACGUGGGUGGGAACCGGAGCCUCCCUCCGCCCGACUACACCCCACCGCCCCCCUGUCUCCUCCAACGGUCCGCACACGGUGCCGGUGCCGGCAGCAGCGACGAGAGCCCAGGUACCAAGGACCGCACCAACUCCACCUGCAGUCCCGCCAGCAGCCACCAGGGGGCACCAUCCCCAGGGCCCAACACUGCCGCCGAGUCCCAGCAUGAGUCUCCGUCGUCGGACACAGCCAUCGGCCUGGAGGGGGUACACCUGGAGGAGGACCCGGAGCUCAGCCUGAGCUUUGAGGGCUACGCCGCCGAGCUACGCCAGUGCCAGAGCCGCAUGCGGAACGGCAGCACUACCUCGACUGCGAUCACUGACCCGGUCCAUCUCCUUGGCAAUCCCGCGUCCGAGGAGCAGGCAACCAUCACUGCUGCAGCUGAGGAGGACACCCCUGUGGGGGGCACUUAUAACGCCACCUUUGUCUGAUGAAGAAAUCCGCAAACCAAUGACUAGUGUUGGACCAGGGCUAUUUGGCCAAUAUCCAAUAUCCUUCUUUCAUCGAUUCAAAUUAAACAAGUGAGUUAUUUCCAGAUUGGACUUCGGUCACAACCAAGGAGAGGAGGAACCAUUAGCAGUACAAUAGGAAAACAAUAGCAAGGUCACUAGUAACCCAGGCAGGGUCAUUCAACACUGAAAUUGACCCAGGUGGUUAGACCCAUGUCCAACCCACCUCAAAUGGCGGGAUGCAAAGCACGCUCAAAAAACUCGACUAACUGUUCCAGAAAUCAUGCGUUGUUUAACCCUGGUCAACGCAUCCAAAAGGUGGGUUGCAAAGCAGGGUCACACAAACUGGUUAACCGUUUGAGAAAUCAUGCGGUGAUCAACCCCUGGUCAAACCAAAUCAGGUGGAAAGGAGAAAAUAGGAUU